AUGUCACUACUACAAACAUUAAAUAAUUUUUUAUUAAAAAUUGAAGAUCUAAAUUCACCAUAUAAUAUUUUUACUGAAAAUAGACCUGAAAUUAAAGAUUUAACAAAUGAUGUUUGUAAGAAAUUGUUAUUACUUCGACAUCUUUUAUCAACUCAAUCAAAUAAUAAUAUUGAAAUGGAUAAGAAUAUAAAAAAUUUAUUAUUUUCUGAAUUUAUUUAUGACGACUGUAAUUCGGUGAUGUCAAAAAAUUCUACAAUUUCUUCAUUUGAUGAUACUAAUAGUCAAGAAAUUAAUUCACAAGAUUUUGAUUCUUUUUCAUUUAAUAGAAAUUUUUUAAAUAAAUUUAAAAUUAAUAAAGCUGAUACUUUACGAAGUAUUGGUAGUUCCAGUGGUUUUAGUGAUGGUGAAGAAGACGGUGAAUUUGAACUUGAAACUAGUAGAAUUAUUUUUUAUGAAGCAAUGAAAGCUUAUAAUGAUGAAUGUUAUGCAAAAUGUGUUAGAUUAAUUGAAAAUAAUCAAAUAAAAAAAAUUAAUUUGGAUCUUUUUAUGUUAUGUUCAAAAGCAUAUAAAAAAAUGAUUCUUGAUUCAGAGUCAUCUGAAGAGUAUAAUAAAUUAUCAAUUUAUUGGCUUGAUUUUAUUGAAAAAGUUGAGGUAACAAAUUCUUAUAUGUCAUAUGAAUUUCAUUUUUUUAAUAUAAAAAAUGACUGUUUAUGGAAAUGUAUCACAAAUACUAAUAUUAAUAUUUCUUUAUUUAUCAAAUUUGUAACAAAACUUCUAAAAACAAAUUGGAAUAUUUUUGAAAUUGUAACAAAAAAUCCUGAUUGCAAAGGUUUUGAUUAUUUAACUUUAAUCAACAAUUUGAUUAGUAUUCUUCGUUACUGUAUUGAUGAAGGAUUAGAAAAAGAAGAGAAUGACAUAGAAAAAAUAAAUAAAACUGGAGUUUUAAUAAAUAUUGAAAAACAAAAUAUCCACCUUUUUCCAAUAGUAAGAAUUGAAAUAUUAAAUGUCAAAAACUGUCUAAAAGAUUAUUCGGGACAAAGAAAUGAAAAUAAAUCAAAUAUAUCAUAUGAUGAUAAAGAAAAAAUGUUAUAUCAAAAACUUUCUGCAAAAUUAAGAGAAAUUGAAGAAGAUUUUGUAAGAAAGUCAAUGACACGAACAUCACAACCAUCUCUAAUACGCGAUGAAAAUAAUGGCUGUAGGACAAAAAUUAUCAUGAGAUGUAAAAAUAAUAAUGAAGGUAGAAGAGAUGUAAAAUCAACUCCACCUGAAAUUUUUAGUACUGAAAUAUAUGGUAAUCACGAUAAAAAAAUUAGUAGUAGUAGUAAUGAAAGUGGAAAACAUUUUCUGAAAUUAAUGAUAGAACCAGAAAAGGGUAUUAGCCUUAUAAAAGAUGAAGAAACGAACAAUAAAUCAAUUAUUUUAAGAUUUUAA